UUCAUUUUCGCUCACGUUUUCUCUCUAUAUUUGUUUCUUCUGCGAAUCCCAGAUUCGUCGAUGAGAGAGAAGGGGGAGAUGGAAUUCCAGUCUCUCUCUAGGGUUUCUAUUGGAGGGAAUCAGCGGCACUUUUUCUGAAUCCAGGUUUUGGAAUUCGAGAUUGUUGUGGAGCUGACUUUGGGUUUCAUCCGAUCGCAUUUCAAAAGGGUUUAUUCCCGAAAUGAGCUUAGAUUAGUUUUUUUUCCUAAGAUUAGUUUUUUUAGUUCCCCUUUUCUCUGCUUGCUAAGUAUUGAAUCUUUCAUAUUUUCUCUAAUAAUUCCUCGUCGCCGAGACCAAUUCGUUUCAAGUAUUUGUUUGAAAGCGAGGGAAAAAGAAGUUUAACUUUGAGAUUUUGAGCUGCAAAAAAAGUGAAGUAAAGAGUUUUAGGGCUUGUUGAAAGGGAAUUGAUUUGGAACUUAUGAAGAAAGUGUAUAAUUUUGGUGUUUUCAUUAGGGUUUAGUUGAACAUUCUGAUAUUUGAUGAAUGUGAACCUUAGAUUUGAGAUUGAUGUUUGCUGGAGGUGUAUAAAGGGCUGCUGGAUAGGUUGCAAAUUUGCAGUUUUCUUGCAAUUAGAAUACUUUUGAAAAGUAAUGAAAUGCUCAUUUGUGAACUUCUGAAAGAAUUUAAACCAGUUUCGAAUUUGAGGUUGUAACAAGUGGUGGAUCGAGUAUCGUUGAAUUAUAUAACUAUGGAAGAUUAUGAGUCUUACCGGAAUUGUUAAUAUGUGCUGUCAUUGGAAGUUAAUCUUAUGGCACAAACUAUUCCGUUUGAAUAUGCAGGACUGAAGGAAUCUGGAAAGUGUUCAUUUUCGCAAUUGAUGGGGAAGUCUAAGGAUCAUUUUAAGGAAGGGAAAUCUUCUGGUUUAAUCCCUGGUUACAGGCGUGUGGUUGAGAACAUGGGGGAAUCAGAAGGGAUAGGGAGCUCAGGACGGAUCGGUGCAGAAAUGACAGCAUCAGAGGGUUCGUGUGCACCUACAAGGAAAUGUAUCAGUUUGAAUGCUUGUAGUUAUGAUAAUUUUGGAGUCCCCAGGCAAGCUUUGCAGUUGUCAAAGAUGUCACAAUCAGAGAGAAAGGAUUUGGUGUUGAGAUUAAAACUGGAGCUUGAACAGGUUCGAUUGCUACAGAAGAAAGUUGCUAGUUUCGGCUCGAGUGUUGACUUUUUAUCGCCAUCUGUGGACAAAAGGAGUUGCAGUGAUGGGAACAAGAGGCCUCCACUUGAGAAUUUUAACCGGUCUGGAGUGUUGAGUCCACAAGGGAAGAAACGACCAGUUGAAGGACACAACGGAACCAACAGAAAAAAGACCACAUCUGGACGUUUUGAACAGAAGCCAGCUGUGGCUGUGAGUAUUUCAAAUGCUUAUUUGAUGAAGCAAUGCAAGGCUUUGCUUAACCAUUUGAUGCAACAUAAUUUUGGUUGGGUUUUUAACAACCCUGUUGAUGUGGUGAAGUUGAACAUUCCGGAUUAUUUCACUGUCAUUAAGCAUCCUAUGGAUUUCGGCACUGUGAGGAAGAAGAUGGCUUCAGGGAAGUAUGCUAGUCAAUUGGACUUUGCUACUGAUGUUCGCCUUACACUCUCAAAUGCAAUGACAUAUAAUCCACCUGGGAAUGAUGUCCACACUAUGGCUGAGACGCUAAGCAAAUAUUUUGAAGCAAGAUGGAAAGCUAUAGAAAAGAAGCUUCCUAUAACAAUGAAUGUUGAUGCUAAGCCUUCAAUAUCAGCGGAGCGUAUAGAAGUUGAAACGAAUUGUAACAUUUUACCUUUGGAAAAGAAAAAAAUAAACCUAAAAGAAAGUAUUAUCAAACCAGAGGCCAUUGGACAGAUCAUGACCAAUCAGGAAAAGCAGUCUUUGAGCACAGAACUAGAGUCUUUGUUGGGUGAAUUGCCUGAAAAUAUUAUUAACUUCCUUAAAGAACAUAGUUAUACUGAUGGUCAAAUGGGUGAAGAUGAGAUUGAAAUUGAUAUCGAUGCUCUUAGUGAUGAAACCUUGUUUAAAUUGCGAAAACUUUUGGAUGAAUAUUUGCUGGGGAAACAGAAAAACCAAGCAAAAGCAGAACCUUGUGAAAUGGAGCUUCGUAAUGAGUCGGGAUUUAACAAUUCACCGAUGCAGCCAUGUAAAGAUUCAGAUUCUGGCAGUGAGUCAGAUGCUGGUAAAGCUUCAGUUCCUGUUAGUUCUACGAAGGAAAAUUCAAAUUUGGGAACAAAUGUCAAUUUGCAAAACAGCAGUGCUGCUGCUCCCAAUGAUGCAAAUCAGUCGUUAAACGAGUUUGGUCAAGUUGAGUUAAACUCUCAUGAUAAGCCUGGUGCUAUUGAGGUAGAAGACCAACAAGAGGAGGAGAGUGCUCCAUCUGAGAGGCAAGUCUCCCCCGAAAAGCUCUAUCAUGUGGCUCUUGUGAGGAAACGUUUUGUUGACACCAUACUUAAAGCUCGAGAAAAGGCACUUGAAAAGGGUGUGAAAGGUGAUCCGGUGAAACUGCAGAUGGAGAGGGAGGAACUUGAAAGGCGGCAGAGAGAAGAAAAAGCACGACUGCAAGCGGAGGCCAAAGCUGCGGAAGAGGCAAAGAAAAAAGCUGAAGCUGAAGCUGCUGUUCAAGCCAAAAGGAAGAGGGAGCUGGAGAGAGAAGCCGCACGGCAGGCUCUUUUAAAGGUGGAGAAGACAGUGGACAUCAAUGAGAACGGUCGAUUUAUGGAAGACCUAGAGAUGCUUAGGGCAACCAACGAUGAAAGUUUGCCUGAUUUCAUGGAGGAGACUAGCCCAAGUCAUUCUCAAAAAGAGUUGGGAAGUUUCAAUCUCCGGGGAAUUAGCAACCCCCUCGAACAACUAGGUUUAUACAUGAAGGCGGACGAGGAGGAAGAAGAAGAAGAAAAACCUCCCCAAAGUGCUCCGGUGCCGGUAAAUGACAUCGAGGAAGGUGAAAUUGAUUGAAUUGUUUCCCCCUGUGCUUGUUGAGUCGAAUCUAAGGGUUGUUCGAAAUUAUGCAUGAUAGACCAUUCUUCGACA